UGUCAAAAACGCCUUCAUCUUUCUUCGCUCGCGAACGCAGAUACAUCAAUCCGUGUGACGUGGUGAAAAUUUUUGGCCGGAUCUGAUUUUAGUCAAUUCAAGUGGAGUUUAGGACAACUUUGGAGUUUCUGUUUGUCGCAAAUUUGGUCAAACUCGGUUCCCAACGAUCGCCGCGGACGCUGGACGGAAAAAUUUCGCACGAAAAUCGGUGAAAAUGAGCUCUUUUAAGAGAGACAAAAAGGAAGAGGAGGAAGGCGGCAGCAACCCCUUUUCAAAUUUGGAGAAAACCUCGGUGCUGCAGGAGACGCGAAUGUUCAAUGAAACCCCGGUUAAUGCACGAAGAUGCACCCACAUUUUGACAAAGAUUCUGUAUUUGAUCAAUCAGGGAGAACAGCUGGGAUCGCACGAAGCCACCGAAUGUUUCUUUGCCAUGACCAAGCUGUUCCAAUCAAAGGACGUCAUAAUGCGUCGGAUGGUUUAUCUGUUCAUCAAAGAGCUGAGUCCUAUUGCCGAUGACGUGAUCAUCGUGACCAGCUCACUGACCAAGGACAUGACGGGCAAGGAAGAUUUGUACCGAGCUCCGGCCAUUCGUGCGUUGUGCAGCAUUACGGAUAACACGAUGCUGCAGGCUGUGGAGCGGUACAUGAAACAGUGUAUCGUCGAUAGGAACGCUCCGGUUUCCAGUGGAGCAUUGGUCAGUGCACUUCAUUUGGCCAGCACGGCCGGGGAAGUUGUUAAACGAUGGGCUAAUGAAGCGCAAGAAGCUCUGAACAGCGACAAUAUUAUGGUGCAAUAUCAUGGAUUGGGUUUGCUCUACCACAUACGUAAGGCGGAUCGUUUGGCCGUGACUAAGUUGGUGAACAAGUUGACAAAGCAGAAUCUUAAAAGCCCGUACGCCGUUUGUUUUUUGAUUAGGAUUGCGUGCAAAAUCAUCGAGGAAGAAGAUGCUGCGGGUAACACCAAUGCCGAAUCUCCAUUAUUUGAGUUCGUUGAAUCCUGUUUGAGAAAUAAAAGUGAAAUGGUUGUUUACGAGGCAGCUCAUGCUUUCGUCAACUUGAAGAGAACCAAUCCGCGAGAACUGUCAACGGCUGUCAGCAUUUUACAGCUAUUCUGCGGAUCUUCAAAGGCAACUCUGAGAUUUGCUGCAGUAAGAACGAUGAAUAAGGUUGCCAUGCUUCACCCACCAGCUGUAAACGUCUGCAACCUUGACUUGGAAGGCCUGAUUGCUGAUUCAAAUCGUUCAGUAGCUACAUUGGCCAUAACAACUUUACUUAAAACUGGUGCAGAAAGCUCUGUUGAACGGCUUAUGAAGCAAAUCGCCACCUUUGUAGCAGAAAUUUCCGACGAGUUCAAAGUGGUUGUCGUCCAAGCUAUUCGGGCGCUCUGCUCGAAAUUCCCUCGCAAACAUGGUGUCAUGAUGAACUUCCUCAGUGGAAUGCUCCGGGAAGAAGGAGGUCUCGAGUACAAGACAUCGAUUGUCGAUACGAUCAUCCUUAUCAUUGAAGAAAAUCCAGAAGCUAAAGAAUCAGGCCUAUCGCACCUUUGUGAGUUCAUAGAAGAUUGCGAGCACACUUCGCUGGCUGUCCGGAUUCUUCAUCUUCUGGGCAAAGAAGGCCCAUACUCAAAGCUACCUUCACGAUACAUUCGAUUCAUCUAUAAUCGAGUCAUUUUGGAGAACGCAACGGUCAGAGCCGCAGCAGUAGCUGCCAUCGCCCAGUUCGGUGCUUCUUGUCCGGAUUUGCUGCCGAAUGUGUUGGUGCUACUGAAUCGGUGCCAAAUGGAUUCAGACGACGAGGUUCGCGAUCGCGCCACCUACUAUUACACGAUCCUGAACAAAAAUAACCCCGAGUUAAACAAAUCGUACAUAACCGACAACGGAAUGGUUUCACUGCCGUUGCUGGAGAAAUCCCUGAAGGAACACUUGAAUGGCCCACUGACCGAAAAGUUCGACAUUUCGAUUGUACCAAAAUCGCAAACCGUUCAACCCGAGGUUACCGACGAAGUGAUGAUCAUGAACAAUGCACUACCGAAGAUUCCUCGUAUUACGCGCGAAGAAGCCAACACCGAGAAAUUGCUCCAAAUACCCGGCAUCCACCGACUUGGAGCUCUACACAAAUCAUCGGCCCCGGUACAGCUUACGGAAAGCGAGACGGAAUAUACUGUAUCAUGCAUCAAACACUGCUUUGGGCACCAUAUUGUUUUUCAGUUCGAUUGCGUCAACACACUGUCGGAUCAGUUGCUGGAAAAUGUUCGUGUCGAUCUGGUGCUUCCGGAUGGUUUCAUAACAAAAGUGGUCAUCCCUUGCACGAAGCUUCCCUAUGGCGAGAAAGAAUCCACCUACGUCAUCGUUGAAUUCCCACCGGAUUUGCCGAACUCAAUUGCCACUUUCGGUGCUACGUUGAGGUUCCUCGUGAAGGAUUGCGAUCCAUCGACAGGACUGCCAGACUCGGACGAGGGCUACGACGACGAAUACAUGCUGGAGGAUAUCGAAAUCACCGUCGCUGAUCAGAUACAGAAGGUCAAGAAGCAGAACUUCAACGCUGCUUGGGAUAGUGCAGAUACCGAAGAAUGGGUGGAAGCAGAGGAUACCUUCGUAUUGUCGACGGUCAGCAGUUUACAGGAGGCGGUGAAUACUAUUCUGAAAUUCCUUGGUCUUGCCCCAGCCAAUCUUUCGGAGAAGGUUGCCGAUGGUGCCCACACGCAUCAAUUAGUAUGCUCAGGCACUUUCCGUGGUGAUGUAGAUGUUCUGGUUCGCGCCAAGCUGGCCGUGUCGGAUGGCGUAACGAUGCACCUGACCGUACGAUCAACGGACUCGGACGUGGCAGAGUUGAUUACCUCUGCCGUGGGUUAGAAUAACUGUACCAACUUCCGCAUCUACUUGAAAGCACCCAGCUCCCUCUUUACAAACAUUCACCAAGUAAGGCAAACGAAUGCUCGUACUCACCCGCUUUCUCCAACUGCAUAAAAACACGUACACAACUGAUGAUGAGAAUUUGUUCUUUUAUGUUAUAAACAUUGCAAAGUAUCUAUUAUACAUAACUGAUAAUGAUAGUGGUUUAUAUUAGUGUUAAGUUUUCUUUUCGUCAGCAUUCGUUAAUGACUAUGGUAGAGCAAAGAACGGUUCGAGAAAAAAAAAUGAUAAUAGAUUGAGUAGUCACAAACAUUCAAUAGACCAUUACAAACGGCUCUUGUAGUUUAUUUGAAUAACCCAUACAAAUAUAUGGAUAUGAAGUAAAAUAUGAUGGAACGAAUAUGUGAAUAUCUGUAUUAGUAGUACUACUGAAUGAUGGAGAAUAUUUAAAAUAAAUCAUUUUCUUUUAAUCAGGAAA